AUGUCCGACAAGCAAUUCCAUAGAGCGAAGAUCAUCUCGAGUAUUGCUGCGACAGCAAUCUCGCUGGCAUGUGGCUCUAAUUACGUCUAUUCGGCAUGGGGGCCUCAAUUCGCUGAGAAGCUGAAGCUCUCCUCGACGGAGCAGAAUCUGAUAGGGCUCUCUGGUAACCUGGGCAUGUAUUCGACGGGCAUACCAGUUGGAAUACUGGUCGACACGAAGGGACCGCGGCCGGCCGUGGUGAUCGGGGCUAUCUUUCUGGGCUUGGGGUACUUUCCUCUACACCAAGCAUACGAUAGGGGAUCAGGAUCUCUACCACUACUGUGCAUAUACUCAUUCUUGACGGGUUUCGGGGGAUGUGCUGCGUUCGCAGCGGCUAUCAAAACAUCCGCCUUGAACUGGCCUCAUCACCGAGGGACUGCUACUGCAUUCCCCCUCGCCGCCUUUGGGCUCAGCGCAUUCUUCUUCUCGAUGUUUGCGCAAUUCGUGAUACCCGGAUCUACGGGCGAUUUUUUGAAGCUCCUCGCAUACGGCACGUGUGGAAUCGUAACCAUUGGAUUCUUCUUCCUCCGAGUCUUGCCUCACCCCCACUAUACAGCAAUUCCGGUUGGCCCUGGGAGAUCCGAAUCGAAUAGACUGCAGAGAUCAAAGUCAGAGGAGGCUAAGCAUCGGCUUCAAUCGUCACGAGAUGAACCAGGUAGGCCAGCUCUUAGCCCUCGUCAUUCGCGCAUCUUAGGACUGCAUGCCCUUAACCAUUAUCACGUAGGAGUCGAGGUAGCCGAAGGAGUCAAUACCGAUACGGAAACCUCCUCUCUGAUGUCCAAAAUUUCCUCGAGCCCUGGGGAUGAACCCGAACAAAACAUUAUGAAGAACCACGCUUAUCGUGUAGAUAUCCGAGGAUUCAGGAUGCUUCCGAUGAUCGAAUUUUGGCAACUAUUUAUUCUCAUGGGUAUCUUGACCGGCGUUGGCUUGAUGACCAUCAACAAUAUCGGCAACGAUACGAAAGCCUUGUGGAUCCAUUUCGACGACUCCGUCACCGAUGAUUUUGUAAACAAGCGUCAGGCCAUGCACGUAUCAAUCCUGUCCGUAUGCAGUUUCGUCGGACGACUCAUGAGUGGUGUCGGAUCCGACUUUCUCGUCAAAAUUCUCAGAGUCUCUCGUUGGUGGUGCCUCACCAUCGCUGCCUUGGUCUUCCUCGCCGCUCAAGCCAUAGCCCUCUCUGUCGAGAAUCCUCACCAUCUGAUUUUGGUCUCCAGUCUCACAGGUAUCGCCUACGGUUUCCUUUUCGGAUGCUUCCCAUCACUUGUUGCUGACGCUUUUGGUGUUUAUGGCUUGAGCACCAACUGGGGCUGUAUGACUCUGAGUCCAGUCAUCAGCGGCAACAUCUUCAACUUGUUCUAUGGAGCGGUAUAUGACAAGCACAGUAUCCUUAAAUCAAACGGAGAGCGUGAGUGUACUGAAGGCUUGGCAUGUUACCGAAGCGCAUACGUCGUCACAAUCUUCUCUUGUUUAGCGGGGCUAGCACUGAGUUUGUGGAGUAUUUGGCACAGCAAUCAGAAGCGCGAGAAAGAGGAGAAAGAAUAUGGAGAGAGAGACGCCUGA